ACUUGAAAUGAGGUCGACGUCGAGGUAAUUCUGCUACCGUUGUCGAUGAUCGUGAUGGUGAACGUUGUCGCGCGCCCCGUCGUAUUCGCUAAUCUUUAGCGUAUAGGUACUCUAAUUACAGCGCUCUCCACGCUAACUUUCCAGCGUUCUAGGGGUAUUAUUACUGCGAUAUUAGCGCUAUAAUGCCUGUUCUCGGAAUGAAGAGAAAACAUCGUGAGGUCAUCGACUUCACAUGAAUGAGACCACGAAUCAUGACUGCAAAGUGUAUACUAACAAAUAGAUGAUGAUGAUGAGACUUCAAUAGGUAAUGUUUAAUGUUUUUUUUUUCCCUUCAUGACAUCCGAGUAAAUAGUAAUUCGAUCAAUACCCAAUUCAACUGCGCAUCAACUUGUCCCAUUGUGAAUAUCUACGAGUGUAUCCCGUAGCAUACCUCAUAUCCAGCAUAGCCAUAAGAACACCAAGACAAUACUUACACUCAACCAAUCCCAACCCACGGCCGUUAAAAUACAGAUUUCCACCAACCCAACAACAGGAUGCCAGAAACAUUACGAGAGAAAGCUACCAAGAAAAUCCAAGGUCCCGGUGCCAACCCAAGUCAACUCGGCGAUCCCAUCAGCGUCAAAGCAGAACAAAGCGACAACGUACCUACAGAGGGAGAGAAGGGUGCUGGAACUUCGCACGGUAACAACGAGGUUAGGAACAAGAAUGAUAACACGAAAAAGGGCAAUAAUGACGACGAAAGUCUAAGAGAGAAGGCUGCGAAGAAACUUCACGGACCCGAGGCCAAUCCAAGUCAAUUAGGCGAUCCGAUCAGCCUCAAGGCUGAAACAAGUGAUAAUAUUCCCGCGGAAAGGGAGGAGGGUGCCCAUAAUAAGAAAGACUCGAAGCUAUGAUGUAUAUUAUCAAGUAUCAAUACGCGAGAUUGUCGCAAAGUCGGUAUGAAAAGACGCCGUGAGCCGGUUCAUAUUGCGUAACCGAUACCUGUAUAAUAGCAUCAUAACACCGUUUUUGUACAACUGGACUAUCGCAGUGUUGUACGUUGGUAUUCGAGCAAACAGAAGCAGUAUACCAAUAUUUAAAUAUCUGGAUGGAGUUCUGUAUUAAUAAAAAUCAAUAAGUAAUCUCGUAAGCAACUAAAAUAUCGGUCUUAAGAAUGGAUAGGCUAUGAAUUUAGUUACU